AGCCGAAUCCAUGUAACAAAAUCCCUAUUAGAAUGUCAGACGCUGCAAAUUAGGGUUUUAUACCCUCUAUCGCCUGUGAUUUUCCGAUCUACCAAGACAGGGAAAGAUGCCGGCGGGACAUGGAUUGAGGUCCAGGACAAGGGACCUAUUCGCCAGAGGAUUCAGGAAGAAGGGUACCAUUCAUCUUUCCACUUACCUCAGAACUUAUCACGUCGGAGAUUAUGUUGAUAUCAAGGUGAACGGCGCCGUGCACAAAGGUAUGCCUCAUAAGUUCUAUCAUGGACGCACCGGUCAGGUUUGGAACGUCACCAAGCGUGCCAUUGGUGUUGAAAUGAACAAGCAGGUUGGUAACAGAAUCAUCAAGAAAAGGAUUCAUGUUCGUAUUGAGCAUGUGAUGCCUUCGAGGUGCACAGAAGAGUUCAAGCAGAGGGUUAAGAAGAACGAUCAACUAAAGUUGGAGGCGAAGGCUAGAGGUGAGGUGAUCAGCACCAAGAGGCAACCUUUGGGACCCAAACCAGGGUUCAUGGUUGAAGGUACGACUUUAGAGACCGUAACUCCCAUUCCAUAUGAUGUUGUUAACGAUCUCAAAGGAGGAUACUAAGUUUAAAGCUUGUUUCAAGGAUAUCGUGUCAAAUUUUGUUUCGUUGUGCUUGUUAGAACCCAGAUUUGUUCAUCUUUUUUCUGUUUAUGUUAUGGGGAUAUUAAGUAUCGGUUCUAGGAUUUUGAAACAAAUUAUUCAGACGAUGCUUUCGGUUCUAUAUUUAUGAGAUUGGAACUUAUCUUACUGU